AUGAGUAAGGCAUAUGAUCAAGUUGAGUGGGACUACUUGAAAGCUGUCAUGGCUAAAAUGGGUUUUGCUAGCAAAUGGAUCAAUCUCAUUAUGAAGUGUGUCACCUCUGUCAUAUACUCUGUGGUUCAUAGCGGUCAUAUUUUGGGUCCCAUUACUCCUUUUCAUGGGAUUCGUCAGGGUGAUCCACUGUCAACAUACUUGUUUAUCAUCUGCGUAGAAGGCUUUUCAGCUUUAAUCAAAAGUUACGAGGCUGACAAAAUCAUACAAGGCUGCCGUGUGGCCAAUGGGGCACCUUCUAUUACGCAUAUGCUUUUUGCUGACGACAGUUAUCUUUUCUGUCAAGCCACAUCUGAUACUGCUGGGAGCAUGAAUAUACUUCUCCAUACUUUUGAGCUUGCUUCUGGACAACGUGUCAAUGCUACCAAAUUUUCCAUUUUUUUCAGUCUCAAUACUGAGAUUUGGUCAAGGAGCAAAUCUGUUCUACUCUUAGAAUGCCCGAAGCUACUGAUGGCUCUUUCUAUCUGGGGUUACCUAAUAUCAUUGGAAGGAAAAAAACGUUGGGAUGGUAAAUUCUUUUCUCGUGCUGGGAAAGAAAUCUUGCUUAAAACUGUCAUCCAAUCCUUGCCAACUUAUGCUAUGAGUGUAUUCCUCAUUCCGUUGGGCAUUUGCCAAGACAUUGAGAAAAUUAUGGAAAACUUUUGGUGGAAAACAAAAAGUUCCAAUGGUCAAGGCAUCAUAUGGAUGUCUUGGGAUCGUAUGGCUGCACCUAAAGACUCUGGGGGUAUGGGCUUUCGCCAUCUCCAUGAUUUCAACAUUGCCAUGAUGGCCAAACAAGGUUGGAGACUUUUAUGUUCACCAUCUUCUCUUGCUAGUCAGGUCUAUAAAGCAAAAUACUAUCCUCGCACUGUUUUCCUAAAUGCUGAAUUGAGCAAUAAUCUUAGUUUCGUCUGGCGUAGUAUUUGGAGUGCACAACAUUUGGUUCAUCUUGGGGCUAGAAUAACUAUCGAACUGGGCUUUCAACACACAUUCUCAAACAACCUUGGCUUCCUAAUCCUAUCAACCCCUAUGUCUCUACUACAGGACCGGGUCUUGAUGAGUACAUGUUAUGUUGUUGUCGAAGAUUGUUGGUCAUGGACUGGUGAUAGAACAGGCGACUACACCGUAAAAUCUGCUUAUUCCAUGAUGCAACUUCAAAAAAAUACUCAGCCUGGUGUGAACAAUUCGGGAUUCUGGCACAAACUUUGGCACCUUAAAAUACCACCUAAAGUGAAGAACUUCAUGUGGAGAGCAGUAUCUGAUACUCCUCCAACUUGCCUCCAACUGGUUACUAAAUAUGAUGAUGAUGUUAUUUGUCGUGUGGUUAUAAUUUGUUGGGCUCUUUGGAAAGCAAGAAACACCUUAGUUUGGGAUAAAAAAGCUUCCUCUUCUACUCAAAUACUCACUUCGGCUUGGGUUACUCUUGAUCAUUGGCGAAAAGCUCAAGAUAAAACAUGUUUAUUAUCAUCCUCUCUUUUGCAUGAUGGUAGUAACAUUGAGCAAUGGACGACACCUGCUUCUAAUACGGUUAAGAUCAAUGUCGACGGUGCAAUAUUUGAGAAGGAAAAUGCCUAUGGGUUUGGUGUGGUUGCACGUGAUUCGAAUGGCCAAAUUAUUAAUUUUAUUGCCAGAUAUUACCAUGGGACUUACACGGCUGAGGUUGUUGAGGCUUUAGGGGUAAAUGAGGCCCUUAGUUGGCUAAAAGGCAAAGGGUGGAGCACGAUCGAGGUGGAAACUGACAGCUUACUCACUGUUCAAGCAAUCUUUAGUAAACAACAAAUGUCUUUUAAAAUUGAGUGGCCCAUUUUGUGGCUAGACGCUCUCGAUUCUACUCUGAUCGGCAUUCUUGAGGAUAAUAUUAUGGUUGACCUUCAUGCCAUCUUGUAUUCAGAAUGCUAG